AUGCCACAGGGCUGCUAUGAGCUCGAUGUUCACGACAGCGACUCGGACAACAGCAGCAACAGCAGCAACAGCGACUCGGACGACGACGACGCGCUCUCCAUUAUUAUCGCAGACGCCAUCGACCCAGCAAACAUUCCCUUGCCACCUUCUCCCGUCCACAGCGAGCCCAGUCUCCCAGCGAGCACUACGCAAGGCGCCACGAGCAAUGACUCGGCCGCAGACGCGGACCUGGGACAAACUGAACAGAGUGAUCAAACUGAACAGAGCGCUGAAGACGCGUGCAAUGACUGCACCCAGCCACGUCUAGACAAGGGCAAAGGCCGCGAAAUCAUUCUCGAGGAGCCAGCUGCAGCGCGCCCAGCAAGCCCUGUAGUUAUCGUCGAGCAGACCAGUCCACAAACUCCCCGUAGCCGUCCAAGCUCACGCUCCAGGCGUCGCAGCCCAAAAUAUCAGCCAAUUCUUACCAUCCGGUCCUCCCACGGCUGGAUUUGGAACCAGGAUCUCUUCGUUCCGCACUAUAUGAAGGAUCGUUACAUCUCGUACCCACCCGAGCCGCCAUCCAGCGACACCCCCGGAAUCGAAUUUGACUGCGUUGGAAUCACUCUGACGCCCGAGGACCUCUCACAGGUUCUUCCUCCAUGA